AUGUUUAUAGCCAGCCAGAGAAAAACUGUAUUAAAUUAUGAUAUAAACUCUGUUCUAUCAUUCAACAUGUUGCUGAAAUUGUAUUCUUUUGUUGUCUUAUUGGUGGAUAUUUUUUGGGUCACAAUAAUUGCAAUAUUUGCAACAAUAGGCAAUUUUAUUCGAUAUCUUAAACCCCUUCCAUUAAAAUCAGUAAAAGAUGAAGUUGUUAUGCUUAUAAAUAGUUUCCUGCCAGAAAUGAAAGAGAAGAAUCAUGGACAUAUAGUUGCUCUGACUUCAGUUGCUGGGUUAAGUCAGCUUAAGGAAUACAUGGCCCUAACAGCGGCACAAUUUGGCAUACAAGGCCUCGUUGCUUCAUUGUUAGAAGAUCUUAGGUUGAAUGAGAUUACUCGGGUUCAUGUCAGUUUGAUACACAUCUAUCCAUUCAUUGUAGAACAGAGUCCAGAAUUUAGAUUGACG